GCCCGAGUCCCCGCCCCGGGGUGGGGCGGAGCAGCCUAGCCCCGCCGCGCCGGCUAGAUCGCGCAGCCUGCGGCGAAGCACCAUGAGCAAGACCCACCGUAUCGUUCUCCAGGGGCCGGCGCCCUGGGGUUUCCGCCUGGUGGGGGGCAAAGACUUCGAACAGCCGCUCACCAUCUCCAGGGUAACCCCUGGCAGCAAAGCGGCAGCUGCCAAUUUAUGCAUUGGAGAUGUUAUCAUGUCCAUUGAUGGGGAAGAUACAGAAAGCAUGACUCACCUAGAAGCACAGAACAAAAUCAAGGGCUGCAUAGAUGAAAUAAUUCUGACCGUGGGCAGAACUGAAUCAAAAAUAUGGUCGCCGCUGGUUACAGAGGAAGGGAAAACCAAUCCGUACAAGAUGAACCUGGCAUCCCAGCCACAGCUGCCUGGGCCGUUUCAGCGCGCUUUCAGUAUGACGUAUGAGCCUUUAAAAUUGCCUCCCCACUCGCUCAGUCCUUUGUCACCUGCUGGCGGGUUCAAGGCUCCUUUUGCAUCGGUCUAUAACCCACUACAGGCCUCUUCCUCCUCCUCCCCUUUGCGAAGGAGGCACAGCACCUCGUCCAUCCCCAGCCAAAUCCGAGUGGGCCCCGAACAGCUCAAGGAAGUUGCUCAGAUCUGCCCCAGCAGCCCUGUGGAAGUGGACGUGCCGGGACUCAAAGUGCGGCACGUACAGUUUAACUCUCCUUUGCAGCUCUAUUCACAGAAAAACAUCCUGGAUUCUUUGCAGGGGCAGAUCUCUUAUGUUAGCCCCACCUUCCCCAGCUUGGACCAACUUAACCAGCCUGCCGGUAACUUAGUGAUUGACAGGGACUCUGAGGUCUACAAAAUGCUGCAGGAGAACCAAGAUUCUGCAGAGCCGCCUCGACAAUCCACCUCAUUCUUGGUGCUCCAAGAAAUUUUAGAAUCUGAAGAAAAAGAUCCCAAUAAGCCUUCCGGAUUCCGAAGUGUGAAAGCACCAACAACCAAAGUCGCGGCAUCGAUUGGAAAUUCCCAGAAGCUUCCUGUCUGUGAUAAGUGUGGAUCUGGCAUUGUAGGUGUGUUUGUGAAGCUCCGGGAGAAGCACCUCCACCCAGAGUGCUACGUGUGCAGCGAUUGUGGAACAAACCUGAAGCAAAAAGGGCACUUCUUUGUGGAGGAUCGCAUCUACUGUGAGAAGCACGCCCGGGAACGGGUCACCCCGCCUGAAGGAUAUGAUGUAAUCACUGUGUUUCCAAAAUGAGUGUUUCUCCAGCGCUCCACCAGGCACCACUGUCUUCUGCCUCUGAAUUCUCGUCACGGAGGCUCAGCAAGGCUUUUGCCAGUGGACCUUUUUAUACCGCUAGUAAGUGAACCACUUCCAAUUUUA